GUGUGAGCUUUUCUCCACGCUAAUAAGGAGACUUCGGUUUCCACCUUUGCCUUUGGUCUCUCUCUCUCUCUCUCUCUCUACAUCGCCAUUGUUGCCGUGUUGAGGUGCAGAGCUCGAGGGGCGACUUUAGGGACCGCCUUCCGCCUCCCCCUCUUCUUCCGCCACUAGGAGGUGCGCAUCCAAGAUGGCGUCGCCUUUGGCCUUUUCCCUGCUUGCCUUUUUGGUUUUCUCCUCUCUGGCUUCCAUCGCAGAAGCUUAUGAUUCCCUAGAUCCCAAUGGGAAUAUAACAAUCAAAUGGGAUAUUAUACAGUGGACACCUGAUGGCUAUGUUGCCGUCGUUACAAUGUACAAUUACCAGCAAUAUCGACACAUCCAAUCACCUGGCUGGAAUCUGGGAUGGACUUGGGCAAAAAAGGAGGUCAUUUGGUCUAUGGUAGGAGCACAGACAACUGAGCAGGGCGAUUGCUCGAAAUUUAAAGGAAACAUACCGCAUUGUUGCAAGAAGACCCCAACAAUUGUCGACCUUCUUCCUGGUACUCCAUACAACAUGCAAAUUGCUAACUGCUGCAAGGGCGGCGUUAUUAGUUCGUGGGUUCAGGAUCCGGCCAAUGCUGCAAGUUCAUUCCAGCUCAGUGCUGGCCUAGCUGGCACAUCCAAAAAGACUGUUCGUGCACCGAAAAACUUCACCCUGAGAGCUCCAGGCCCUGGAUAUACAUGUGGACCGGCAAAGGAUGUAUCACCGAGCACAUUUUUAACAUCGGAUGGAAGAAGAAAAACCCAUGCCCUGAAGACAUGGAACAUUACUUGUACAUACUCCCAGUUUCUUGCACAGAAGACCCCUACAUGCUGUGUAUCUCUUUCAUCUUUUUAUAACGAUACGAUAGUUAACUGCCCGACAUGCUCCUGUGGAUGCCAAAAUAACCUGACCCAUCCUGGUAGUUGUGUCGAGGCAGACUCACCUUAUUUAGCUUAUGCAGUGAAUGAUCCUAGCAAAAGUAGCUAUGCACCAUUGGUCCAGUGCACAUCACAUAUGUGCCCGAUACGAGUGCAUUGGCAUGUAAAACUUAACUACAAAGAUUAUUGGCGUGUAAAGAUUGCGAUAACGAAUUUCAAUUACCGCAUGAACUACACGCAGUGGAACCUUGUCAUACAACAUCCAAACUUUGACAAUCUCACUCAGCUUUUCAGUUUCAACUACAGGUCCAUAGCCCCAUAUGGAGACAUAAAUGAUACUGCCAUGCUCUGGGGUGUCAAAUACUACAAUGACUUACUUAUGGAAGCUGGACCCUAUGGAAAUGCACAAUCAGAGCUUCUAUUCCGAAAGGAACCAAGCUUCACUUUCGAGAAAGGAUGGGCCUUUCCAAGACGCGUAUACUUCAACGGCGACAACUGUGUCAUGCCUCCUCCAGAUGCAUACCCAUGGCUACCGAAUAGUAGCCCUCGGUUGAGAUUUCCUUCAUUUGUUCUGAUGGUGGUUCUUUGGGCAGCUUUGGCUUUGUCGUUGAUUCAUCAUCUCUAGGGCCCCCCUGGAAUUUUGUGAAAAAUUUUGCGCUGUCCAGACCUUCAACACAAAAUAGUCGAUAGCACAUCAGUGUCAAUCUUGCGGGCUCUAAACAUGGAGAGGUCAGUAGUCACUCAAAGUUCACAAGGACUAUGAACCAUAUUCUAAAAAAUUGUGUUCACUGUAAUAUAAAUAAGCAUUGGGAUUUCAUUCUCUGUUUAAUUAUUUUAGUUCAACCUUGUUCUCCUGUAUUUUCGAUUCACAUAACUGCAAGAGAAGAACAAUGCAUCUUGUAAGAAUUUUAUAGAAGGUAUAUAUAUUUGCAGCUGUAAAGAUCUUUUUCUUUUCA